GGACUCGGAACACUUUCGUACGCCACGGGGCACAUGCUCUUGGGACGUCCGGGCAGCGAAAGGAUCGACGUGGCGAUCGCCGGCUGGCCUUGCCUAGCGUCUAUAGUGACGACAGCGGCCCCCAAAAAGCGACGCCGGGGCACCUUAGCGCGUAUACGUGGGAAAACGAAGACGGGGGGGCCAGGAGCCGACCGCCUCGCGCCAAUAAGCACCUCAGCAGGGCUAUAGCGUAACCAAGAAGAAGACCACUGCAGAGCCGAACGUCCAAAAGAGACCGUUGUCGAUCGGGCGUGAGUGGAAGAGGUCCGAGCAGGCAGCAACCCCCCGACACCGUUCUCUUUUACAUUUUGCCGCCCGCGUCGCAAGGUCAGUCCAGAGACGAGGCAGCGGCAAACGUUCCUCUUUAUUCGGCGAACGGGCGCCAAGAGGAGUUCCGCCUCUCCCGCGAAGUGGGCGAAGGUUCCGUUUCUUUUUUUUUUUCUCCAAUAAUAUUUGUUGAAGUGGUCGAACUGCUUUUGUGAACCGGCAUCGCUGCUAUAUCGCGUGUCGUCGACGCCAAGACUUGCCGUUGAUCUCCAGUCCCGAGGCUGUCUCUUUUAUUUUGAUUGCCAGCUUUUCGCCGAAUCCUGCGCAAGUGUUGCCACAGGCUUCUCUCGGAAGACGAGGACGGACAAAGCAACAGAGAGAAUGAGUAUCUGACAGACGGCACGCCAGGCACAACGUUUGCCUAGGAGCUAAAGGGACGGCGUUGUUUAUUCUGCCGAGAGGGACUUUGUCACUGCUCAGACGUUCUAUAGCGCUCGUCGUGUGCUUGCCGGAACUUCUGUUUCUUCGAAGAAAGCGAACCCUGCCGUACGUGCAAGUUACGGGCUACUAGACAGAAGGUAGUGGAGGCGUCGUGUUAGCUAAACGUCGAACUCUCCUCGGCCGGACAACAGCGAAGCGACGACAGAGCGAAGCGUCUACGAAGGGAUUUUGUGACAACUUUCCAACGUCUGCUCUCGAGAGGAGCUUCGCGCUUACGCAUAUUGCUCAAGCAGAGGAUAACCACCACCUAUUCCCAACAUUGGUGCCGUUCCUACAGGUGCAUCGUAGGCCUCAGAAAACAUCAGAAGAACGUCCUUGUUAAUAGGAAAGGAACAACUAUUUCAGCAUCGUACAGCUGCUGUGGUGGUUGCAAGAUUUGUGCUUCGACCUUUCCUCGAUGAUUUAGCAUCUCGCCCAAGUGUUGUUCGAUCAUAAAAAGAUUUCAUCUCAGUUGAAAGAAAACGCCUAAACAACUCCUAACCGGACAAGGGCGUGAGUUGACGGUUUUUCUGCCAUAGAAUCAACUAAGUAUGAAGUCAGAGCAGUAGUGAAACUGUUCACGUACCGUUCGACGUGAAGUACUUGGCCAGCCCGAACAAGAAGGAAAUCCAGCGCCGAAAUCCAAGGACUCGGGAACAGUGGCCCGCAUUCACUUCAGACGCCGCACUGAACUCUCGGAGAAAGUGCGCGUUACGGCCAAGCAACCCUGAGAGAACCUCGGCAGUAAAACACAAAUAAGCCAAGGACCAAUCGGCGGAGCUAUGUGUGCCAAGAUGCGCAGCCGACAUCGUGCUGCGGGUGCUCUGUUGGCCAUCGCAGUUUCAGUGGCGCUGCCAUGGUGCAGCGCCGGACAACACCAGCGGGACUUUUACUCCUCGGUUUCCAACCUCUUGGAUCUGGUCGAGCACGAGAAAGAAGUCAGGCUUAUGCUUCUGGCCUACGCGGAACGCCUCAUUACGCUGCACUCGAACAUCCUCAGUUUUGUGACGACGAGACAGCCUUACCAUGAUCUGGAAUCUCAUACCGAGGUCGCUGACUACAUGAAACACCCCGUCCAUGCCUUCCACCUGAUGAAGAGGAUGAUCGUUGACCUGGGCUUCGUCGAGUCGCAGACAAACGAACUGCGCGCAUCAGACCCACUACCUAACAUAACCGCGAUGCGGGCCAACAGACUGCUGCCGUGGGAAGAGGACUUCAACGGCAUCGCCGUGUCUCUCGCGCGUCUCCAAGACACUUACCUCCUGGACAUGUUAAACCUCGUCAACGGUCACCUGACCAUUACGUCAGGUCCACGGAACCGCACAGUGCCCGGCCGCAUUCCGCUCACUGCUCGGGACUGCUUUUUCAUGGGCCAAGUGGCAGUGCACAACGGUUACUACGAUCGCUCCGUGGAGUGGGUGGAGAGAGCGAUAGACAAGGUGGCAAACGAGAAGCCGCCGUCAAUCCCCACAGAGGAUCUCACGAAGUACCUUGAUUUACUCAUAAAGAAGCACGACGACGUACUGGAUUCUAUGGGAAAAGCCGGACAACACUGGCAGACGUACGGAGUGCCCGUGAGUGAGCGGUACAAGAAGCCGUUGCAGUUCCAGACCAAGCUGUUCGUGGAGCAGCUCACCAGCGCUCAGGAGGCACAGAACUACAAGCGCCUCUGCCGCGGAGAACAGCUCAGGACUCCAAAGAUGGACAGCCAGCUUCGAUGCCGGUACUUCUACGGCAAAGAUGGCUUUUUGCGCCUUCAGCCCGUGAAGAUCGAGGAGGCCAACCUGAACCCGUACAUCGUCACCUUUCACGACAUCAUCGGCGACCGUGACAUAAACGAUCUCAUCGCGUUCGCAACGCCUCGACUUUCCCGGUCCACUCACUACGGGGCGCAAGGUAUGGAGACAUCCCUGAUCCGGACCAGUUCAAAUGCUUGGCUCGGCGACGAGGAUGCACCGGUGGCAAUGAGGCUAAACCGAUUCGUCGAGUCUUUGCUUGGUCUGGGAACGCACUACCAUAAAGCAGAAGCAGAGUUCUACCAGCUGGCCAACUACGGCGUGGGAGGCCAGUACAUUGCGCACCACGAUUUCCUCGCCGACAUCCUCAGCGACCCAAACCGACAGAUGGACGACUUCGAGCGCACGGCUGGUGAUCGAGUUGCCACGCUGAUGUUUUACCUAAGUGAUGUCGAAGAAGGAGGGGCGACCGUGUUCCCACAUCUCGGCGUGCGAUUAAGCCCAAAAAAGGGAAACGCAGCCUUCUGGUGGAACCUGAACGCGGACGGGGAAGGGGAGCAGCUGACAAAACACGGAGGUUGUCCCGUCCUGUAUGGGUCCAAGUGGAUUGCAAACAAGUGGUUCCACUCCAACAGCAACAUGUUCCGGCUCCCCUGCCCACGGAAUCGCAGCCAACCUUUGGCCCCACUCGUCUGACCUUGACCCUGACAGGUGUCGUCGCGGUUUGUGGCGCUCGCGCUACGCCUUCGCCUUAAGUCAUGCCAAUGAAUAUGUGUCAUUGUCCGUCUAUUUAAAUACUCAUGACAAUAAACUCUAUGAUGGUUGAUA